AUGCGUGCCGUGGUCGUGGCAGCAGAUGUGAUAUUGGUCCUCAGCAUGGGGUGGACCUCAGACUGCCUCUGCUCACCCACCGUGUUUUACAGAGACUGCUGGAUCCGUCGCUUCCCGGGGCUUCUAAUUGACCUAGAGGAGUCUCAGAAGCUGGGGGCGCAGUUCUUGAGGUAUUAUUCUGAAAGCACUGGUCAGAAAUGCAGUCGGAGCUGCUGUCUUAGGAAGGAUGUUUCCUGUAACUUGGCUGUCUUCUUUCACGAUCCUAUUCAUGACAAUGUCAACUGCCUCCACAUUCACUGCCCGACCCUGGAGAGCUGCAUAUUGGAGCCCGGAACCAGUGCCAUUUUAUACAACAUAACAGACGGUGUAGAUCCAGACUUGCUGGUUUUUGAACAGUCACUGCCCACGUAUCUAAAUACCCGUUCUUCAUCUACUACACGGGAGAGACUAAGAAUUCUAAAAGCUAUGUAUUUAGAUAAACAACAAACAACCAUCAUACACCAAAUGCUACCAUCAAUAGAGGCUCAAUCAUCACCCACACAUCAAGAUUUGUUUGCAACCACAAAUAAUACUAGGUAUUCCAAGGAAUUAACCACAGACUCCUGGGCAAGAUUCAUUUCCCUGAAUGACUCCAUUACCACAAAGGUAAAUAUGGUGUCAACCAGUACUGAUUUCAUCAACAAUCCAGAUAACAAGACUACUUCUCCUUUCUUUGUGCCCAUAGACACAAAACUUUCUCAUAUGCCUAUUCCAUCCCGACUCAACAGCAGCAAACAAUUACUGAACAAAACCAAAGGGUACAACAGCAGAAACCAUACGGCUGAGAAUGAAGACACAACACCUGAGGGGGCACCUGUGACUUCAAAGAUGUGGCUGGUUCCUGUGGCCCUCUGCACCUCUGUCAUCUUUCUUUCCUGUUGUGUAGUCAUCCUGGCAUCUGGAUGCUGUCGAAAGCAGCAGGGCCAGGAUAAACCAGGACAGAGAAAGUCAGGAUCCAGGCAAGCUAAAAACUAUACCAUUCUGAAGGAGCGCUCUUAA